GCUGGAUCCUCCACUGACCUGCUGUUCUUUCCUGCUUUCCUCUCGCGUUUUUUCCACAUUUAGAUUAAAAACAAAGCUCUCACUCUCUCUCUCUCUCUCACCCCCCCUCCCUCCUCCUUCUUCUCCUCCUUCUUAUCCCUCUUCUUUUCUGCGGCAGCAGUCAAAGCAGAGCCUUCAGUGUGUCAGAGAAAGGGUGAAGAGGAGGAAAAAGAGAAGAAGACUGUCUGGACGGAGCUGAGUGUGUGUUUAUGUUUGUAUGUUUCGCCAUUGGACGGCCGGGUGAAGGGGCACGAGGAGGAGAGUAGGAGGAGGAGAAGAGGGGAGCCUGCCUGCAUGAAAUUCUCUGUGUCAUGUCACUACGCGUGGACCUUGACUGAUCACAGGUUGAAGGAAAGGGAGAGAGACGCCGAGACGAAGACGAGGAGGUGGAGAGAGAGAGACAGAAGGAGAAACUGAGACUUUGGUUUCACUGGGAAAAGAAGAGAAAGGAGGAGGAGAAGGAGGCAAAGUCUGGUGCUCCUGUUUUAUCAUGACGUUGUUGGAUAAAUGAACGGAGGGAUUGAGCGCUCUUCAGUUGUGUAUCAACAGGAAUUCGACUUAAAAGAGAGAGCGAGGGAGAGCCAGGCAGAAAAGAAGGGGAGAGAGUCUGGAAGAGUAAAGACUGCUGUGUUCAACCCGGCUAAAGAGCAGGGACUGGACUUACUGAGUGUGUGAAAGUGUGUGUGGGUGUGUGGGUCUGUGUGUGUGUGUGUGUGUGGCUGUGUAACCGGUGGAGGGCAGAGGAGUGGAGGGCCAGGGGACUAACCUGGCCAUCAAACGGACUGGCAGCCUCUCCUCUCCUGGGAUCAUGUACCCUCAGGGCAGGCAUCCGGUCCCCUUGCAGCCUGGCCAGUCUUUCAAGUUCACAGUCCUGGAAACUCUGGACCGUAUCAAGGAGGAAUUCCAGUUCCUCCAGGCGCAGUAUCACAGCCUGAAGCUGGAGUGUGAGAAGCUGGCCAGUGAGAAGACUGAGAUGCAGAGGCACUAUAUCAUGUACUAUGAAAUGUCCUACGGUCUCAACAUUGAGAUGCACAAACAGGCGGAGAUUGUCAAGCGUCUCAGUGCCAUCUGCGCUCAGAUCAUCCCUUUCCUCUCUCAAGAGCACCAGCAACAGGUGGUCCAAGCAGUCGAGAGGGCCAAGCAGGUCACCAUGGCUGAACUCAACGCCAUUAUCGGGCAGCAGCAGCUCCAGCACCUGUCUCACCACGCCCCUGGCAUCCCCCUGACGCCACACCCAUCAGGCCUGUCCCUGGGCGCGGGGGGCUCCGGGCUUCUUGCACUGACUGGGGCCCUGGGGGUCUCGGCCCACCUUGCCUCCAAAGAUGAACGCAACCACCUUGACCCUGAGCAUCUCAGAGAGGGAGCACCCAGCAGGAGUAAGUCAGUGUCAUCAACAGACAGCCAGCCCACUGAGGAGCGACAGGGCCCAUCAGGAGGCUACUCCUCCUCGCAGGGCGGAGCUGAGGCAAAGCGGAGGCGCUGCGACGACAAAGAGCCCCUUGCGCCACACUCCUAUGACAGCGAUGGAGACAAGAGUGAAGACAAUCUCGUAGUGGACGUCUCCAAUGAAGAGCCUAACUCUCCUGCGGGCAGCCCUCCUCACUCCCCCCACGGGAAUGGAUUAGACCGGGCUCCUACCCUAAGGAAAGAGCUCCCGGGCUCCUCAAGCACGGGAGAUGCCCCCUCCACCCCAAACCCCCGUAGCCCCACCCCAGGGAAAGCCAAGGACCCUGCACAGAUGGAUAAGUCCCAGUCUCCGCUGUCCAAGUCUGGCACCCCGUCCCCGUCCCACCGUGAGGCCCUUACCCCAGGAGCCCCAGGAGCCCCUGGUCCCAGCACCUCCUGCCUUCGUCUGGUCAGCAAAGCAGCAUCCAGUGCGGACCCCCUUGCUCUCCGCAGUCCCAUGUCUGUGCCCCCCGGUUCAUACCCGGCUCAUUUUGGCGUGGUGUCCCACGCAGGACUGAAUGGGGAGUUGGCCAGCCCAGGAGGUUUCGGCGGCGCUCUGACUCUCUCCCCACAAAUCAGCGCAGCAGCUAACGCCUACUCCCGAAGCCCCAUGGUGGCGUAUGACUCCCGGUCUCACCUGAGGGCCCCAGGGCUGUCCUCCUCUCUGCCUGGUUCCUCCGGUGGCAAGCCCGCCUACUCAUUCCAUGUAAGCGCCGAUGGCCAGAUGCAGCCGGUGCCCUUUCCCCCCGACGCCCUGCUGGGCCCGGGGAUCCCACGCCACGCCCGGCAGAUUCACAGCCUGAACCACGGAGAGGUGGUGUGCGCCGUCACCAUUAGCACCUCCACGCGCCACGUCUACACCGGAGGAAAGGGCUGCGUCAAGGUGUGGGACAUCAGCCAGCCGGGAAGCAAGAGCCCCAUGGCCCAGUUGGACUGUCUGAACAGGGAUAAUUACAUCCGUUCCUGUAAAAUCCUCCCCGACGGGCGAACCUUGAUUGUCGGCGGGGAGGCCAGCACGCUGUCCAUCUGGGAUUUGGCCACACCCACCCCUCGCAUCAAGGCGGAGCUGACGUCGUCCGCCCCAGCCUGCUACGCUCUGGCCAUCUCCCCCGACAACAAGGUCUGCUUCUCCUGCUGCAGUGACGGCAACAUCGUCGUCUGGGACCUUCACAACCAGACUCUGGUCAGGCAGUUCCAGGGCCACACAGACGGAGCGAGCUGCAUCGACAUCUCCAACGACGGCACCAAACUGUGGACGGGAGGGCUGGACAACACGGUGCGCUGCUGGGACCUCCGGGAGGGACGCCAGCUUCAGCAACACGACUUCACCUCGCAGAUCUUCUCUCUGGGCUACUGUCCGACAGGCGAGUGGCUGGCUGUGGGAAUGGAGAGCAGUAACGUGGAAGUCCUGCAUGUCUCCAAACCUGACAAGUACCAGCUGCACCUUCACGAGAGCUGCGUUCUCUCCCUCAAGUUCGCCUACUGCGGCAAGUGGUUCGUGAGCACAGGAAAAGACAAUCUGUUGAAUGCAUGGAGGACACCAUAUGGAGCUAGUAUUUUCCAGUCCAAGGAGUCCUCGUCUGUGCUGAGUUGUGAUGUCUCCCCGGACGACAAGUACAUAGUGACGGGCUCCGGGGACAAGAAGGCCACGGUGUACGAGGUGGUGUACUGAGGGCCGGGAUGAGAUGGGAAGAGACAGGGCGGAGAUUUUGGGGUGUUUCUUUUCUUUUUUCUUUUUUUUUUAAGAGGAUGGGGAAGAGCAACCAGUUGCCCUGCCAACUGCUCCUGAUCCUCAUUACAUCAGCAACAGCAGCACCCUCGUCGCAGUCCUCCUGACCCUCAUCCCUAAUACAUCACCCCCCCUCCCCCUCUUUGCUGUGAUAUAAGCUACUGUGGAAGCUCCCAAAUGCCCCCUCCCUCCUCCCCCCUUCCACUUUUAGCCCAAGGAUGAGGCACGAUAGCAGAGAGAGAGAGGCAGAAAGGGAAGCAGCAAGAUAAGAAGGACAAAGGAAAAGGGCGGUGGAGCAUAAAGAUAAAGUCGGGAAGCGAAAGAGCGAAAGACAAGAAGGAGGAGAGAAAGCGAGAAGGAAGAGAAAUGACAGGGAGGAAGAGGAGGAGGAGGAGGAGGAGGGGGGCAGGGUAAUUAGGGCUGUUUCCUGAUUAAGAGCUCAGUGGAAGGGAGGCCCCCAGAGGAGGCGCGGAGCGGCACUGUGGGAGCGCCAGCCAGGAGCACUGAUACCACACAAUCGAUUCAUUAGCCAGACAGUGGAAGCCUUAAUGAGGCUGACGCCGCAGCUCGCUCUCCCCAGCGAGAGGUGUCAGGAGCUGGGGAAUGAUGACGCUCCGAGAUGGAGGGGGCCGCUUCAGAUAUCCACAUACACUGACAUGAAAUAGACCUGCUCACAAACACUCGCGCACACGCACACACACUCACACUCGGAUAAACGCCCUUGAGGUAAUCGUUGGAAGACACAAACACACACGCGCAACACACAGAGCACCCAAUUAAACAUUCAUCGCAGCGCUCCCCGUCUCACUGCUUAAUAUCUAUUUUAUUUUGGUCUGACAAAGGCAGCGUCUAAUGAGCAGCGGAGUCAAUGGGAUUCUCCCAGGGCCGGCAGACACAAACACAGAACAUCAGCCGAGCUGUUCCCCCUUAAUUCCUCUGGAUUGUUCUCCUGACACCGGGCGCUGCACUCACUCUCAUUAAAGGCACUGUCAGCUAGAUGAAGUAGCAGCACGCCAACUUCACUGUACGGCAGACACGAGGGCAAAUUAACACCGCCCGAUUACGCUAUCAUCAGCAGCCAACUAAGCAGCGACUAAUCUGAGUCCUUUCAAAUUUUAUGCAACUAGUUGCUGUUUCCAUUUGCAAACCAGAUGAGAUUACGUGUUUAUCAGAGUCAUGAUCUCCAUCUCUGCCUGCCUGCUGAUGCGCUAGUGUUCAAAGUGCUCCGGCUAAAUCUUGUUUGGUAAGCUAUUGAUUGCUAUUAACUGAGAUGCUGAACACCUGGAAGGGGAAGUUUGGCAUUUUGGGAAAUAUGUUUGUCCGCUUUCUUGCAGAGAUUAAGAGGAUUGAUACCACUCUCUUGCCUGUGGGCUAAGCAGCCUGCUAACCUAUCUUAACAUAAAGACUGAAAGCGGGGAGCAAUAACAAACCUUUGAAGCUUGCCUGUUAACACGUUACAGCUCCUUCAUUUAAUCUGCACAAAACCAGUGUUAAAACGACAAUUCGCUGCUUCCCAGGGUGGUUUAGUGCUGGACUGUUUCUUGGUCUGAAGCAAAAACUUCCUGCAGAGUCAGCUGGUUUCCUGGGUUUUACACCUCAGUUAUAGUUCAGAUUAGAUAAAUUAGAUAUAACUUGUUAAUUAGUGAUUUUUAAGAGGUGCUGGUAGGUGGAUCUCACAACCUUUGGACAGAGCUUCUCCUUGUUUCCAGUCAUUAUGCUAAGCUACGCUAACCGACAGCUGUCUAUAGCCUUAUAAUUACUGUACAGGCGUGAGAGUGGUGCCAACCCUCUCAUCUAAAGCUGUGUGUCAAUCGAUGUAUUUUUAUGCAAAUUUUUAACUGUGCAUAAAUUUCUUAAAUGUUGUUGCACAAACGAGUUCUUCGGACGGACACUCCUUUGUCAAAUAAGUUCAGACGUAGCAAACAUUUAACUCCACUCCGAAUAAUCGCAUAAAUACCUGCAUAGCUGAUGACAACAAGCAUUCAUUUGCAUUUUCUUUUGCUGAUUUUCUUGAAAUUCUGUUAAAACUUGUGAUGGAUUUGGAUGGAUUUCCCCAAAUAUCAAACUGUUCCCUGAAACCCGAUUCUUUCUUUUCGGGCCUCCUUGUAUCAUACUCCAAACCGGCAGGCAAACUGUAUAUCAGAGCUCUCUGCUUCUAUAGAACAUACGUCACAAAUGUGUAGACUAAACAGGCACAUUUCAAGCUUUUCCUUUAUUACUCAUUUAUUUCAGUAUUUUUUAUGAAUAGUGAUUGCUCGUCUUAUGUACUGACAUGUUUAUGGAUUGGGGUUUGCCUAUGACUGCGUUUCGGGUUCGGGGGAGCAAACGGAGAGGGACGCACUCACACAUGGAGACGUACAAAAUCAAGUGGAACACAGGCGGGGAAAAUACAUUUGUUCUUUCAGCUUUUUCUUUUUUAAUCAGUGUAUUUUUUAUCCUUGGUGAUGGUGACAGGCAGAGGGCGUACAACAUCAGCAGGCACGCGUCAAGAAAAAAAAAUGAAGACGCUUCUGUUCUUCAUUUAAUGCUGACCCUCCCCCCGUUUGUUGUUUUUGUUUUAUUUUCCCUUUUUUCAAAAGUGGUAGUAAAAUGUGCUAUAGUCUGUUUUCAGUCCUUAUUGUGCAACUAAACUAUGUUUCUCUUGAGUCUGAAGUCAGUGUACAGCAGGCGUCGGCCGCGACACGGCGAUACAGAUUUAGCCAUCGAAGAGGUCCCACUUUUUACUGCAUGCUUGUUGCACUAAAGCUCCACUUUUGCUGAUAGAACGGGACAAAGCUGAUGUAAUUCAGGAGGCACAGCCACAGUUUGACAGAGGGAUGACUUUUACAUUACAGUAUGCAAUUUAGUUCCAAAUGUAUAAACUUUUAGCCAGAUUCGUCCGUGUUUCUCGCUGCAGCGCUAGUGCGGGAUAGAAUAAUGAGGGACUUCUGCAAUGGCUACUGUACCAGCGAGGAGUCAGAGAUCAUCUGUACAGUUUAAUGCCUUUGCCUGCCUCUUUCCCUUUCUGCCUGUCAGCCACAAGCAGACCUAAAUGAUAUUCUCAUACACAAGCUUGUAUACUACUCAGAAAGAUGCUGUACAAUGGCUAUGCAUUUGAUGGUAUACCGUGAAUAUUUGGGACAUUGUAUUUGAUACUCUUCUUUAACCGUCAGUAACAUCUCUCCCCUCCUGCCUGUGCUUUCUCUGUUCCAACACUAUAAAUCCUUUUUAUUUCAGUUUUACAAGCCCAUGUUUGGUUUCUCUUUUAAAAAGCCAAGGAACUUUUUUUUAAAUGCACUGUGUCUUCUUCCCUCCUGAUGCGUUUCCCAUGUGCUGUACAAGAAAAUAUUAUGUGUGAAAAAUAAACCAAACUUGUGUUCA